AUGUCGGCUCGAUCGCUCCAUCUCAAACGCCGCCGGCUCGAUUUCGAAGACGAGACCGCAAAGGAGGAUGAACUACAGAUCAGCACGCGCCGUAUAGUGAAAAAGAAGCGAAGGAGGGUUGGCGGACGAAAGGCGUCCUCAUCCACCUCGCCCUCGCCGGCUUCAUCUUCAUCCUCGGGCUCGUCUCCAUCUACCAACUGCGUCGGCGAUGACGUCAACAAGAGGAAGACCCCAUUCGAAGCCAAUUAUUACAAUUCCGAGUUUGCCGCAGUCCUCCUUCAAGAAGACGAUGAUGAAGAUAUUAAUAUUGUCGACGAGCGCGAGCAUCAUCAAGACGAUCACCAAAUCGACCGUCACGUAGAGACCGAGCACGAUGACGAACGAGAUGAAGAGGAAGAUGGUGAGAAAGAGGAACAGCAAGAAGAAGAAGACGAAGACGACGACGAACAAGAGCGGGAGCUGACCGGGGAGCACGACGACUUCCGUUCGCUCUACGCCGAGGCCGACCAGCGCAAGCUGGCCCAGCAGGCCCGCGAGGCCGCCGAGGAGGCCAAAUGGCGCCAGGUCGUCGCCACCGACAGCUCCACCGCCGUACACUCCAAGACCAAGUUGCGAGGGAUGGUAAUGGGCGGCGUGCCAACCAAGUACCGCGCGUCGCUGUGGCGUGCCCUGUGCUACGCCCACCCGUGGGCCGCCCAGCAGCGCACCAACGAACCCGCCCUCUACGCGAGGCUGCUGUUGAACAAGGACGAGAGCAAGGCGGUGGAACAGAUCAGGCUCGACCUCGAUCGCACCCUCGUCGACAACGCCAUCUUCACCGCCAUUCCCGACAAGUGCGACCACCUGUUCGACGUGCUGAAGGCCUACUCGUGCUUGAACACGUCGCUGGGGUACUGCCAGGGCAUGGCCCCGGUGGUGGGCGGCCUCAUGGCGGUCCUCUUCAACGACGACCUGCUCGCCGCCGAGGACGACCGCACGUCGACCCUCAACGAGCUCGCCUUCUGGCUCCUCGCCAUCAUCCUCGACGGCCACGGGAUGUCGAGGUACUACGAGCCGGGGAUGGAGGGGCUGAUCAAGGACGCGGCCCUGUUCCACGAGGUGCUGGCGCUGCACCUGCCCGAGCUGGCGGCCCACCUCGACCGGCACCGGCUCGACGUGCUCAUGUACAUGACGCCCUGGUUCCUCUCCCUCUACACCCAGCUGCCCAACUGGGAGCUCGUCCUCGCCAUCUACGACAUGGUCUUUGUCGAGGGGACGUCGGCUCUGUUCCGCUUCGCGCUGGCCAUACUGGAGGGCUGCGCCGAGGAGCUGCUGAGCCGCCAGGGCAUCGAACGCAUCCUGCCCUACCUCCUCAACGUGCCCGUCGACAAGCUCCGCACCGCCCCCGUCAUGCAACGUGCGGCGGCGUUGGACAUCGACGACCUGCUGGAGCAGGCCCACGCCAAGGUGGCCGCCGCCGCCGCGGCUCCCCCUCCGCCCACUCGCCGCGCAACGCUCGGCGGCGUCCCGUCCACGCCCCAGCGCAUGGCCCCCUCCACUCCGCUCCGCACCACCGCCGCCGCCGCCGGCGACGCGCCCUCGUCGUCCCUGUUCCAGCGCAUGUUCUCGGCCUUCCCGACGCCCCCCCGCAACAACGCCUCCACAGCGUCGUCGACUUCUUCAUCGGCGAUCCCCUUUCUCGCCUCGCCCUUCACCGCGCCCACCAAGCGACGCAUGACCACCACCGCCAUCGCCGGGGCCGAGGCCGCCGUGGCCGCCGCCGCCACGACGCCGGCGCGACACCACCAGAAGCCGGCCCAGCCGGCUGGGUUUCGGCCCACGACGCCGUUCCCCGCCUCGGCCAAGCUCCGACCCGCCGCGCCCCACCUGAUGCCGCCCCACCAGUUCCACCGCCAACACCACCACCGCUCGGCUUCGGAGACACCGAUGCCGGCGGCCAUGCAUGGCCAGCGGCCGCGCCACCGGCAGCCGCCCGCGCGCCAGGCCUCGUCGCCGCUCCGCCGGUCGACCGCCCUCGGCUCGCCGUCGUCGCCCCUCGCCGCCUCGUCGUCGUCGCCGUCGCGGGCGGCCAAGCGACGCAUCAGCGCCGCCGUGUCGUCGUCGCCGUCUUCGUCGUCCUCGCCGUCGCGGCGGUCGCCGGCGACGAAAGGCGGUCGGUCGGCGUUGCGGUCGCUGAUCUCGUCGUCGGCGUCGGGCGCGUUCACGAGCCCCGCGGCGUCGCCGCUGAGUCCGGUCAAGGACACCCCGAGCCGUCGGCCCAAGAAGAUCCGCCCCAAGCGCAUGUCCGUCAAGAGGAAAUUCGAUGACGAGGACAAGGAGAACAGUCCCAACAUCAAGUCGGGCGACGCCAGCGACCUGAAGUCGUUCAUCACUCCGACCAAGCUGCGGUUGGUGACGAACAACACGACGCCGUCGAAGCGAGCGCGCGUGGAGGGCGCAUCGCCGGCGGCCUCGUCGUACUACUUCUCUCCCUCGCGCUCGCCCGUUAUCGCCGAGGGCGCCAUCGAGCUUAAGUCCCUGCACACCGCCAAGGGUCCCGCAGCCAGCAACAAGAAGCGGCUCCUCUUCGUCGAGGAGUAG